CGACCGGACACACAUCUCCACCCGCAGAAUGCGACGCCCGCCGCCGCGGCUCGCCCUCCUCCUUCUCGCCUCCGGCUCCUCCGCGACCACCGAGUGGCGGAUCGCCGUCCUGCCCGACGGCCGCCCCUUUGCACCGACCGACUUUGCGCUCGCUCCGUCGCCGCCGCUCGACGCCGCGGCGCUCAAGCAGGGCGAGGCGCUCUUCGCGCUGGAGUACGCGUCGGUGGACGCGGCGACGCGGAUCUGGACCGACGGCGGCGGCUCGGCGCAGGGCUGGGGCUUCUUCUCCAAGCUGCAGAAGCGGCCCGGCGACGCGAUGUUCACGUUUGGCGCCGUGCUGCGCUGCCUCGCGUCGCGCCACCCCGACUGGGCGGCGGGCGAGCUGGGAGUGGGCGCGUCGGCGAUCCGGGCGGUGCAGGUCCUCGACCCGGCGGCGGCGCGGCUGCGCAAGGCGCUCGGCAGCGUCGACCCGUCGCUCGAGCUGUCUGUCCUCGGCACCACGACGGGGCUCACGGCGCUGCUCGCCAUCGAGAAGCUGCUGCCGCCCCGGCCAGAGGGGCCGGGCGUGGUGUAUGUGUCGGCCGCGGCGGGCGGGGUCGGGCUGCUGGCGGCGCAGCUCUUCCAGCUGCGCAACGCGACGCGCGUCAUCGGCUCGGCUGGGACGGACGAGAAGGUGCGACUGCUGCGGUCCAAGUACGGCGUCGAGGCGUUCAACUACCGCCGCCAGGCCGUCGGCGACGCGCUCGCCGCCCUCGCCCCCGAGGGAGUCGACGUCUUCUUCGACGGCGUCGGCGGGCGCACGCUCGACGAGGCGCUGCUACACAUGAGCAAGUUCGGCACCGUCCUCAACGUCGGCGCCGUCUCCGAGUUCUCCUCCUCGUCGCGCGGCGGCCUCGCCAACGCGCACGCCAUCACCGACCGCGCCCUUCGCAUCUCGGGCUUUGGCGUCGCGAACUACGUGCCCGACUUUGCGGACGCGCGCCGCCGGCGAGCCGCACCCGCACCCGCACCCUCGCUCGCCGACCUCGUCCUCGCCGGCAAGCUCACGACCGAGGAGACCGUCUUUGGGUGGGAGGAGUACGGCGCAGCGCACACCGCGCUCCACGCCGGCGGCAGCGUCGGCAAGGUGCUCGUCGCCGGCCCCGUCGCCGCGGCGCCGCGGGGAGGAGGAGGAGGAGGGGACGGGGGCGGAGGAGGGGGCGGAGGGCCGGAGGCCGUGGCGGAGCUGGUGGUGCGGGCAGGCGCUUCGCUCGGGCGCGACACGGCGGCCUUCGCCCACUCCCUCGUGCACGACCACUGGGUCGACUCGGUCUCCGCGCUGCGAGCCCUCUCCGUCUCGGACCUGAUCGCGCUCGGCCUGCCGGGCCGGCUCGCAUCGCUACUCGCGGAGCGUGCCGAGCAGCAUCUCGACAGCGGAGGAGAGCCUCUGGCCACGGCACUGCUUCGCGGCGGCACGCGUGCGCCGCGUCGCCUCGGCCAAAUCUCGCACCCCCAUGCAACCACCGCCAAGUUGCGAGAGGAGAUGGAUUCCGCCGGCUACAUCUUCUCGGGCACGCGCGGCUCGUGGUCGGGAGAGGACACCAAGCGGAACGCGGCGGUGGUGCUGGGCAAGAGCAAGGCGAGAGCCGCACCGUGCCGAGGCGUGCAGUCGGCCACGGUGAAGGUGCUCUCGCCGUACGCCAAAAGGUUCAAGCUCGGCGUCGCGACCAGGAUCGUCAAGGUGCUGCACCGCGACGACUACCAGUUCGCCGCGUCGGAUUGGCCUUACAUGGACGGCUUCCGGCCCGAGUUCCUCGUCGGAGUCAUGUGGGCCGCCAACGAGUUCACCGCCGCCAACGGCGCCACCAACGUCGUCCCCGGCUCGCACAAGUGGCCACCCUCGCCGACGGAUGGCAAGCGGCCGAGCGAAGGCGGCGGUGGCGGCGGCGCCGGGAUUGGCAGCAUGGGGGGCGGCCUGCCCGAGGGGACUCAGAUCGUGCCGGGCGCGAUGCCGGAGGGGAGUGCCCUCUUCUACCUCGGCUCGACGCUGCACGGCGCGGGGCAGCACGACGGCAGCGCGCCGCCGCGCGACGGGCUCAUCUUCAUCUACUACCUCGGCUGGCUCAACAACCUGAUUAAUUUCCAUUUUGGCAUCCCGAACGAGAUCCAAAAGGAGAUGCCGCCCGAACUGCAGGACCUGCUUGGGCACGCCUCUGACGGCACCGACUACGACCACCCCUGGAUCAAAGGGCCCCUUUACACGCUGCCAUACCAGGGCGGCCCUGGCACUCUCUCCUCGCUCACAAAUGCGGACCGCGCGGGCGCGGUCCGGUAGCGCACGAUAUGCAGUCUCUCGGACCCGGUUCCCUCCUCUGUAUUAGACUUGUCACCUGUGGAGUGCGAUAUGUGGCGUCCGCCGUGUGUCUCUACGUCAGUCUUGAACCUGUAAAAUACGUGUGUGUAAGACUCGCGCCCGGCAGCAUUGUGG